CAUCAUUUAGUAACGAAGCUUAAACCGAACCGCAUCGCUCUGAAGCUCUUAAGCGCGCGCGCUCUCCUUCCCCGCGGAACCAACGAGAAGCAACAUCGACAAGAACUACAACAACAGCGAGAAUGUUUCAAAAAAGGAUUAUCGAACUUAUUGUGGUGCUGCUGUACUGGAUGGUCAUCACGCCGGCGGUCUACAAGAUAUGCAAGGACAAGAACAUAAUCCAGGUGGACAUGAACCACCUGCUGGAUACCGUGGCCGAGCACUGCACCUUCGGCCUGUGCCUGAUGGUGGGAUACGUGAUCCUCUACCGGAUAGUGAUCUUCAUCUACAUGAAGCUCAAGGUCUGCGACAUCCAGAUGUGGCACAACCUGAAGAAGACCCAAGACGAUCCCGAGGCAAACUUGAGCAAGAAGUCCCACUACCAGGCCGUGUCCACGGAGAACAUCGACUCUGUGGACAGUGGAAAGAAAAGACCCAUGACCCCCAGGAUGAUAAGGACCAUCAGCAAUCCGCUGCUUAUCGAGAGCGACCUGGCCCGCAUCCACGUCAAGCACGAGACACGCCCCCUGCAGAGUGCCACCCUUCCGAGGCUGCAGCACGCCCAGGUCCACGCCAGUCCGAGUCCUAGCCUGAGAAGUGCGCCGCCAGUGCCCAGGCAACCAGCGAACGUCUACAACCAAGGAGUUAUAAUGUCGCCCAAGGUCCUGAUGCCAGGACAUCCAGACAGGGUCUAGAGACAGACUCUUUUUCCAUUAAGAAGGAGUACGAAGUCCAUUCCAAGUAUUAGCUACAGCCCAAAGAUCGAGAAGACAAUCGAAAUACCACGAAAUUAGUCAAUCAUCACAGCACAAAGCUCUUCCUGCAGCAGAAAGAGCUCGAAUAGUGUUCAUUCGAGUGAACUUUAGUUAGCGAAAUGUAUUAUAUAUUUAUUAUUAGUCGUAAGUCUCCCUUUUGUUAUGUGAGUAAGUUUAGAAUCUCGCUUUAUUCUUAAUAAAAAAAGAAUAUUUUCAAAACAGCAUAAA